UGUCCUCAACCGUUGAUGCCUCUAAUGGAAGGCCCCGAUUUGGGAAUGGAAGAUGACGAAUGAAGCUAAGGAGUGCUACUGGGAAAUCAUUUGAGAGUGGUUCAGACUGCAGAGAAAUGUGGAGUCAUCAAUGUCGUUGUACAUUCCGCCAGCGCAGCGCCAGAAUUUGUGCCUUCUCCUCGGGGUUUUGGGGUGCCCGCUCGUCCCCAUUCCCAUCUGCAACAACCCCCUUUCCACCCUCCACAUUAAAAACAUCCCCCUCGAGACCUCCACGGCCUACUACAUAAUUCAGCAGUACCUGGCCGCUGCCAGUUGCCUCAAGCAGCGCCGCUGCGCCAAGAACAUGUACGCCUCAGGGAUGGUCAAGCUCAUACGCUGCGAGAUGGAGAUUUCCACGCGCAAAAAUGUCAGGACCAUGGGCUCGCGCACUGGUAAGAAUGGCCCGAGAUGUGAUCGCUCGAGCUGGCCGUCGCCGGAAACAAGUGUAACUAUUUUGAAUGGGUUGAUUCUCAACCAAGGUCAUCCAUCAUCUUCUUCAUUCGUACAUGAGAACUGCUGCGAAAAGAUAAACUUUUGGAUUGAGAAAUACUUCAAGAUUUCUGACUCAAAUGUUGUCUUCUUGAAGCAUAAUCAUGAGCUAAGAGUGCAACUCGCCAUUUUGGAGGCUGCAAAAAAGGGAAAUGAGAGACAGAUUGUAGUUUAA